GAGGGCCAGCGCACACAGGACUCUGCUGCGCUGGUUCACGUGAGGAUAAGGACUGUCCCGAGCUGAACUUGUCGUUACAAAUAGGAGCUGCGCGAGUCCAAGUGGAGCAGAGUGAAGCCACAGCGACCAUAACAUGAAGUAAGAGCCCGAGAGAGUCUGCAGUGUUACACCACACAGAGAGGAGAGAGGAGAGAGAGAGAGAGAGAGGAGAGAGAGGGGGGGAGAACUGCUGUACGCACACCCAGCCGACUUCACAGACCUUCGCUUCUCCAAUCUGCACCGAGGAAAGACUCUUCAACCCCCCGACUGGUGUGAUGUUUCAGGACGAGUCCCAGCUGAUGAGGGGGCAGGCCGAUGUGUCUGUGCUCCAGACUCUGGACUCUCCUGCGAGUCCGGACGAAGGUGGAGGAGGAGGAGGGCCUCUGUCCUUCACAGACGAAGCCGUGUCCAUCCUGGGGUCCAGCAGCCUGCUGGCCCGCUCCCUGCUGGGCCGCAGCUGCGCCGCCAAACGCAAAGACAGCCCGUCCUCCUCCGGCGCGCGCCGCAAGCGCGAGUUCAUCCCCGUCGACAAGAAGGACGACGGCUACUGGGACAAGAGGCGCAAGAACAACGAGGCCGCCAAACGCUCGCGGGAGAAGCGCCGCGUUAACGACAUGGUCCUGGAGAGCCGCGUGCUGGCUCUGCUGGAGGAAAACGCUCGCCUCCGGGCCGAGCUGCUGGCUCUCAAGUUCCGAUUCGGCCUGGUCAAAGACCCGUCCAGCGCCACGAUUCUGCCGCUCACUGCAGCCCCUCCCCAGACCCUGUCUCCGCACUAUUAUCUCCACAGAGGGGAGGGAGGCCUCAACACUUCCUCCACCUCGCAUCCCAACAGCUCCAGGGUCACCAGGGACACCUGUAACAUGUCGGAGGACUCCGGGUUCUCCACGCCAGGCGGCUCCAGCGUGGGAAGUCCGGUCUUCUUUGAGGACCGACUGAGCGACCACGGGAAGUUAUCGCCGCACCGGGCGGAGGAGCUGGGCUACGAACUCAAUCACUCGCCUGCUGUCGACGUCCACCACGGCCCCACCGGAGGGAAGCUGGACCAUGCCGAGGCGAUGAAAAAUCUUCCUCACAAGCUACGCUUCAAGACGGCUGGCUGCGGGGAUACAUUUGACGCUGCGGGGGACCACGUCGGUGCCAGACACAGCCCGGCGCUGUUCCCGGCAGGACAGGACGGGCUGAGAGACGCCCGUAAAGGACUGAGUGCAGGCGAGAGUGUCUCCUGGCUGCAGCAGCUGGAAGGGGAGGAACCUAGGAAGAGGACACAGUCGCCGCAAUGCAGCAGCUACGGCGUCCAGCUGCCACCCGUGCACGGACAAACCGAGGUCCGGUACAAGCAGGAGAACACGCACCUCAAGUGUCAGCUCAACUCUCUGAGUGAGGAGGUGGCUCAGCUCAAGAAGCUUUUCACAGAGCAGCUGAUGGCCAAAGUCAACUGAUGAACAUUUCUCUCUGAGUGUUUGACAAUGUCCUGACUUUUAAAGGACAAAGCUUUGCUGGACCAUGCAGCGGCAACGCAUUCUCAUGAACUAGUUCGUACGAUAUUGUCCGAAAACGAAUGCACAAUAAUUCGUAUGAAAUUUCUGUGACCGUCAAGUGUUGACAUGUCAGUUAAGUAAAGCGGUCUUUACGGUUACAUUUGUUCAGGGAAAAGUGACUGUGAGCCGGGUACAGAGUAAACGGUGACACAGGAAUCAAUUGUUGCUCCCAUCCCGUCCCGAGCCCACGAAAAUACUACCGUCGUAUCCCGAUCACAUGACUGCAAAAUCCCAAGAGAAAGACUCCCAUAUCUCGUCCCGCUCCCGUUUGGUUCCCUAUAUUGUCUAAAGUUAUCAGACUCUGUUGCCCCCCUAUAGCAUGUUAACAUACAUUACCUACAGGCCUAUAGGUAACAUGCAUUACAUGCAUUACCUACAGGCCUAUAGGUAACA